AUGAUCUCCAAACCACGCUCUAUCAAAGGUCCAUGGACCCCUGAGGAGGAUCGUCAACUCCGGUCCUUGGUGAAUGAGUUGGGUGCCGAAAAGUGGGUUUUGAUUGCAAGUCGAUUGGGCUCACGGACUGGCAAACAAUGCCGAGAACGAUGGCACAACCAUCUUGACCCUACAAUUGACAAGUCACCCUUCACACCCAAGGAAGACGAGCUCAUUUUCAAGCUGUUUGCACAACUGGGUUCAAAAUGGGCCGAGAUGUCCAAGCUGAUGCCCGGUCGACCGGACAAUGCUAUCAAGAACCAUUUCAACACAUCCAUGCAGCGCAAGCGGAGGCGACUCAGUCUCCAAGACCCCGCUGGUACAGGCGACGUCUUGCAUAUGAUGCCACUUGAGCCAUGCUUUUAA